AUGCACGGGAUCAAGCGCACUGCCGCUCCUACAGCCUCGGCAAGAGCGGCUCGAAAGGAGAAGGAGGCGGCAAAGCUGCGGGGUUACCUCAAGGUAGAGGGCGCAUUCUUCACAGUCCGAGACGCUGAUCAGUUAGACGAAGCGGCUCUCAAUGCUACGACUGCGCUCCUUGCUCUCAACCCAGAGCUGUACACAGCCUGGAAUUACCGUAGGCGAGUGUUGUCUCACCUCUUCACCACCACCCCUCCUCCCUCAGCGAAGACAGAUCCAAAGCCAGACUUCUUCACUGCUGCAAGGGUCCCGCAACCGGAGCCUUCAGCGUCAGAGGGAGCAUCCACCGCAGGCCCUUCUUCCUCGUCGUCCCCCACGCCGUCAGCGUCUCACCAGCUGCAGAUCAAGAUGCGCCUCCUAGAGGAAGAUCUCGAGCUCACGACACACGCGCUGCGGGCUCAUCCCAAGGUGUAUUGGAUUUGGAACCACAGAAAGUGGUGCUUGAUCCAGAUGCCAGAUGAUGUAGCUUUACAGGGUGCUGCAGCAGAAGAGCUGGCUGAGGAGGUGAAGAUUAAGUUGGCAGAGGGCAAGUGGAAGAGGGAGAUGAGAUUGGUGGACAAGAUGCUGGAGCUUGAUCCGAGAAAUUUCCAUGGAUGGGACUACCGUCGCUACCUCAUCUCCCAAAUGGCCCUCUGCUCCAUCCCUCCCACUUCCACGUCCAGCACUCCCAUUCCAGCCUUCCCAGCUUCCCUCUCCCACCCUUCCCUUCCAGCCUCCAUACGCAAGCACCACCUAUCUCUAGCAACGUCCGAGCUAGCCUUCACCCUACGCAAAAUCGAAUCGAACUUCUCCAAUUUCUCCGCCUGGCACUGGCGAUCCAAGCUCCUGCCCCACGUCUGGGCUUCAUCGCACAGCGAGGAAUGUGCCGGCGAGAAGCGGCGGGAAGAGGAGCUGGAGCUGGUGAGGCAAGCGCUGUACACGGAUCCAGACGACCAGUCCGUCUGGCUGUACCAUGCCUGGCUCGUCGAUCUCGACGUCUCUACCGGCACUGCAACUCUACCCAGUCGGCCGGAUAGCAUACAGAGGGUGACCCUUUUGCAGCGCGAAAUCGACAGCAUCGAGGAGCUACUCGAGGUGGAGCCCGAUAGCCGCUACUGCCUCGAGGCGCUGGCGCGCUACAAGGCCAGUCUUGCCGAGGCACUAUCCCUGACUGAUGGCGAGGGAAAAGGAGGGUCGGAGAGCGCAGAGCAUCUCUCUAGUACAGAGGGUACUGCAGGGGGGAAGAGGGCGAUGGAGCGGGUAGCGCAGCUCAACAAGGAUGUGGCGCAGCUCCUGACUCGUCUUGUGGACGUGGAUCCCGAUCGUGCUGGCCGCUACCGAGAUCUUGUUCACAAGGCUGGCGUGGCAGCAUGA